AUGCUUAUCCCCAAGGCCGAUCGCAAGCUCAUUCACGAGUACCUCUUCCGAGAGGGCGUUCUCGUUGCUAAGAAGGACUUCAACCUUCCCAAGCACGGCGACAUUGACACCAAGAACCUUUUCGUCAUCAAGGCUUGCCAGUCUUUGACCUCCCGCGGUUACGUCAAGACCCGCUUCUCGUGGCAGUACUACUACUACACCCUCACCCCCGAGGGUCUCGACUACCUCCGCGAGUGGCUCCACCUGCCCGCUGAGAUCGUCCCCCAGACCCACAUCAAGCAGCAGCGCUCUGCUCCUCCCCGGGGUAUGCUCGGCGGUGACGGCGAGCGCCGUGGCGGCCGUGGCGGUCCCCGCCCCGACCGUGGUGACCGCGAGGGUGGCUACCGCCGUCGUGACGCUGGCGAGAAGGCUGAGGGCGCUGCCCCUGGCGAGUUCAAGCCUGAGUUCCGUGGUGGCUUCGGGCGGGGCCGUGGUGCCCCUGCUUCUUAA